AUGGCCGUUCGUCCUCUCUUCGUACGCAAGCCCAGGCGAUCUGCGACAAAUGCUGCCAUUGCCAUCGUCGUUGGAUACUUUGCACACCGUCUCGUCCCUCGUACUCCCCUCGCCACCGUUCUCGCUGAGAUGGUCGUGGCCUUUGUGGGUCUGGCAGCCCUCACACUCUUUAUCCUCGCACAUCAUCGUAAAGCAGGACAGGCCCGUAUCAUCAAUCAAACACAAGAAGAAGUCAUCCUCAUCGGCAUCUUUGGUCUAUUCUGGGUCGCUUUUCUCCUCGGCUUGCGCGCGUGGAACGACCGGCACGGGUUUGGCAGCCUCGCAGCCACUGCAGCGGAUCCAGCAGAGACGCUGCAGGACAUCACGCCUCCUCUCCACAGGCAGAGUGCACGUAUUGGAGAGUGUGUCGGCGGACAUAUGAUGUGUGUCGUACAAGACAGCCGUCGUUAUUGGUAG